AUGGCAUACCCAUACCAGUACUAUGUUCCCAACGGGUUCUAUUACCCUCCUAUUCCCACGCCUACCCCCAAUGCCACGUCGUAUUUCUCCGCUCGUCACGGCCCCUCGACCCUACCGUCAGCUCGUCAUUCAGGUCCCCCCCACCGGACGCCGAGAGACUCGCAAAAAGGUCGUGAACCUUCCAUCCCGGCGGCGACGACCUACACCGGUACCACCAUGCCAUCGGCUCGCCAUCUGGCAGUGGCGCCUUCUCGAAACCGAAGACCUCCUAUGGCCCAAGGUGGCUAUGCGUUCAAGCCGUCAUCGCGUGAUCCACAGACGCAGAACACGACGCGCAGGUCACGACGGCAGAGCGCAGCGGGUCAGUAUCACCCGCAGCACGAUUGGGAGCAUGACGAGUGCCCUGCCCCCUCCGACGAGCUACCGAUUGAGACCGAACACUACAGCAUACCGGGACGCCGGGUCGGCCGAUCCAAGACCACGGGGCCGGCCUCGCAACCACCGGGGAGCAUGCCAUCUGUUCGGGAACUUCUGUCACACGACCCAUCAUCGGAUCCCCGUCGACGUCGUUUCUUGGCUCGACUCAACAAGGACAUCGUCGAGCUCAGGGAGUCUCAUUCCUGCCUUUUCGCAGAGUAUCAAAGGCCUCAGAAUGUGCGAAAACGUGUCGACCUUUUCACGGAACGCCUCAUCGACUGGAUGAGCGAUACCAUCAAAACAGCCGAGCUCAGUCCCCCUGUCCCAUUCGACGCGUUGAUAAACUGGGGACCCGAAGAGAACCGUCAGUUCUGCGAGUCAGUCGCCUUGACGCAGGAGAGUCGCCCGUUGCAGAAAGAGAUCGUCGAGGCGUACACUGCCUUGGCGAACUUCGGCAUGUCCGAGGAUCAACGUCUGGACGCUACGAGUCCUUUCCACGUGAUGGAGCUCGCAGCGAGGAGUGGCAAGCAUGAGACCGAGCAGGCAAUGAGCGCCUCCUCAAAGAAGAGAACUUCGAGAAGCGGGCCCAGCGGUGUUCCGCUUUCCAAGAUCCUCUUCAUGUGGGACGAUCUGCUGGGCCAGAUUGCGCGUGCCCGGGUCGCGCUGGAUCUUCCAUCCGCAUCGCGAGAGUCUUACGUGUCCGAAGACGAUGGGGAUGAAGCGGAGGGAGGUGAUUUCUGGGUUGACGGAGGCACUGAUGACAUUCCCGGAGAAGAGAGCGAUUACGAAAUUUGGUGA